AUGUGGAGGCAAGUUUUGUUCUACUUCAGGACUCGUAGCUACCAUGAGGACAACUGUCAAACAAAGGAGACCCUCCAAAAUGAAAGUGAGGAGGAUGUUAAAGCAGCACAGUGGAUUUUCAAGCAGCCCAUGGGAUCGGAGAGGCCGGAGAUGCGCAAGCGGCAGAUGUCUGCGACCCAGGAGAGCCCAGGUGCUGCCCAGGCUCAGCACAGCACUGGAAACAGAGGGUCCAAUGCCUGCUGCUUUUGUUGGUGCUGUUGCUGCAGCUGCUCAUGUCUUACUGUUAGAAAUCAAGAUGAAGAGAGAGCAAGGAGAACAUCUCAUGAACUCCAAGCAGAGGGUAUUCCAAACUGUGAGGAAAGCCCUGCCCCUACUCUCGAAGAAGUAAAUGCUUGGGCUCAAUCAUUUGACAAGUUGAUGCUCACUCCAGCUGGCAGAAACGCUUUCCGUGAAUUCCUACGAACAGAAUUCAGCGAGGAAAACAUGCUCUUCUGGAUGGCCUGUGAGGAACUAAAACAAGAAUCCAACAAAAACGUAAUUGAAGAAAAAGCAAGACUGAUUUAUGAAGAUUACAUUUCUAUCCUUUCUCCAAAAGAGGUCAGUCUGGACUCCAGAGUAAGAGAAGUUAUUAACCGAAAUAUGCUGGAACCCUCACAACAUACCUUUGAUGAUGCACAGCUUCAAAUUUAUACUUUAAUGCACAGAGACUCCUACCCACGGUUUAUGAACUCUGCAAUUUAUAAGAACUUGCUUCAGUCCUUAUCUGAAAAAUCCAUUGAAGCAUAG